AUGAAUGAUAAAAAUGAAGGCCUCCUCCUUGGUGGUAAAAGUGGAGGGGUUAUGAAUGUAUGGGACUCACUGAGAAUAAUGGAUACCACGGGUUUGAAUGGGUCACAUGGUGGCGAAUGGCUGACACUUGCUGAGGGUAUAAGGACUCGUGUGAGUCGUGAGGUUCUUUUGCGUGGACCCAAGAAUGCUCGUGAGGCAGUGAAGCACUUUGGCAAGGCACCAGGUGUGCCUCACAGCCACACUAAGCCUUAUGUUCGAUCUAAGGGGAGGAAGUUUGAGAGAGCAAGAGGCAGGAGGAACAGCCGAGGUUUCAGAGUCUGA